AUGGGUGCGGGGAACAGCCGUGCGAGGAGGGUGGAGAGGGAGGAGAAGACAGGAGAAAGCAGCCAAGAGGAUGGUACAAGCAGUGAGAUUCAUCUUAAAAGUUACUCGAAUCGCGGACAGAAUGAUUCGCAAAAUGAGAUGUUUCUACAAGAGAUGAACAAAGUCUUCAACAAACUUAAAGGGAGCAAACAGGUGUGGGGUCCCGAAGAACUUGAGCGCUUCCAGAUCUCGCCCAUCAUGGUUGCAUUGAGUUAUGACUGCGCUCAUCACCAGGGGGAACUUGAUUCUGGAAAACUUGACAUGUUCGCGAACUGGCGACAGGAUGCAAGGGAUGAGCUCAUCAAGCAGCUCAAAGAUGGAGAACCGAAAAUAAUUAAAAGGGAAGAGUUCCGCAAGGCUGUAAAUGACGUUUUCAUCACAAAUAUGCUGGAAGCAAAGAGUGGAUUCCUUACGCUGGCGCCGGAGAAGGAGCUUCAAGAAAUGUUAAAAGAACGAAAGCUGGAAACCUUCAUGCUUUCCUUGCUCGAAUCCGUGAAGGAGGAUUUGAUCGAAAAAACUUCCAGAAUUGUUGAAAACUUGCACGACGACUAUGAUAAUCAGGAACUGAAAAAGAAGUACAAGCAACAACUUCUUCAAGAGCAACGAGAGCUGAAUCAGGCUGGAACUCAGGCACAAAUACUAGAAAUAGAAGUGAAAGACCCUGCCCUAUCCGCUGAACAGCGCAAGGUUGUGCAAGGGUUGACAGGAUUGUUCGAUGUCGACGACUGUAGGCAGCUGAAGCAUGACUUGUUCAAAUUUGCUGGGUGCGUCACAGAUCCUAAGAAAAAAAAGCCGAACCUGAUAGACAAAGACACCAGCACGUGGACCUGGGACAAUUUGGAUCGAUUGUCCAAGAAGUCCACGCCAAACAAAGAAGGGAUUAUGCAGCUGCUGGGUCUACAAGCGUAUGCUGGUAAAGGAUAUGUUAGAAUGAUCAACUCGCCUUUUCUGCUCCUGGAAGUGAAAGAAUGCGCCAACAUAUCCAAGUUCCGUGAAUUGCUCAAUCCGCAAGACAAGCAUGACAUGACGCACUCGGCUGGCAAUCGAAUUAGUUUUAACCUUGACGCACAAGCUUUCAACACAGGAAACAUUUACAACUCCAUGGCGAAUUUGCAGACAUUGAAAUAUGACCUUCUGUCUCAGGAAUUUAUUUGGCUGUUCCAGCAUCUUGCGAAUCCCGAAAGCAAGUCAGUUUAUCGCUCGAAGCUGCUCACGGAUGAAACCUGCAGGGCAAUCUUGUCCGAAGCUUUUGCCAAGCAGAUACAAGACGCUUGUGAUGCAGACCAAGAGGAGCUCAAGGAAGAAGAUUUCGUCAACAUAUGUCUGGAACAGCGGGGAUACAUUGAGAUGAUCGCAUCUCCUAUCCACUCGGUGACGCUUCCACCAGAAGCUCGGGUGAAGGCGUCGAUUCCCCAAGACGCCCAUUUCUACGCCUUCUGCUACCCACUACUUUCCACUGAGUUCGAAGGCAAUCUCAACCUUGACGUGAGCGUUGUAAGCCCUCCAGAUGAAGUGAAGAAAGAAAAGGGCAUUGCGCUCAUCUUAAAUCUCAAACUUGAUUUAGCGACCUCAUUCCAUCUUAUUCAGGACAGGAGACAAGAUCUUUUGAGAGAUUUCGCCCAGUUGCUGCACUUGGAAGGUGAGGAAGGGAAAAUUUCUUUCAACUUCAGCUUGGAGGAGAUUGAGAUGUUGGGCAAGCACAAGAACGCCCUUGACAAUGACAUCCUCGGGAUCGAUAUCGUAUCUGAGUGGUUGCUGGAUUCGAGCUCGCAUGUGAAGGUCCUGGUGAUCAAGCAUUCGUGGAAGUCAUCAAAGGGGAAUUAUUUUGUCCCGGGGAUAAGAUUUCAAAUCAUCAAGAAGCUCUUUGCUGCAAACGACUCGAAGAUUGAAGGAGGUCUGACGAAAUCGAGAUUGAACGAGAUCUUCGGCGGCUACCUCUUCAUGCCCCACAGGUCAUGUGAUGAACUUCGAAAGAGCUGCGACCAACUUCUCCGGUCCCUCAAGAUCGCACAAGGCUCAGAGGAUCGCACAAGACCUCGUGCGAUGGACUGGGGAGAUCCCUUCUGUAACUGGCUGCUCAAUGGGGGAUUCGUCUACUUCGAUCACAAGUACGACAUCAUCGCUAUCAAUGCUAUCUACCUUGGAGAGAUGAAGGAAAAUGCAAAAGUUCUCUAUGUCGGAGCUCCUUCCAAGCUGCCUGACACAGCCAUCAGUAGCAUCGAUGAGGGGAAACGGUGGGUAUCAGUGACAGAGGAAAGGUUCCGGUCCCAGGGCUUCACGCAUUUCGCUUGGAUCUGCCCUUCUGAGUUUGUGGGUGAUCAUAUCUACACUAAGUCGGGAGGUUUCGCCUUCCGCCACAGGCAGUGGGAGAAGUCAGAAUACUUUCCGGUGGGGAAGAAGGCAAUGUUGGAUGAGAACUCACGGCCUCUGGGAGUUGGAAACUUCGUCUUUCAGAAUGCCGACCAGAUAUUCGAGCCAAUGAAAUACGAUGCUCCUAUUCAUAUCAUAGAGUUGUCUUCUCUUAGACAAAAGUCGAUGAGAUCAGUCCUUUCGAACAAGAUGGACAAGUUUGUCUCGGACGGGAUGCCGGAUCAAGCGCUCUUCUCAGAGGGUGCUGGCGCCGCCUUGGGGAUUUUGUUCGCCAUCGGCAUGGACGAAACCAAGAGAUCCAACGCCUUGAGGGAUCCGGGGUCUUGCUUGCAGAAGAUGCUCGAUGAGGCUAGACGAGAGUGUGGAGGGAACGAGGCUGAUGCUCUUGUCUUGCAGAUCCGACAAGCAGCCGUUGACUGUCAGGAAUGGGUGACGCAGGAAGAUGUUGAAAACGCGGAGUACGUGAUCAACGGGGCAGCGGAGGAGGUGGAGAUGAUAGGGAAUGAUGGGAGGAAGACGACACGCGACAAGGUGGGACAAGACUACUGCAAGAAAGCCUGUCCUCACCCUCCUGGCCAGGGACAUGCUGGAUACAAACUGGACUACUUCCACAGCCACCCGUAUGCUCGAACAGCUCAGCUCCAGAAAUACGAGGGUCUCAAGAAGCUCCGAGCUGUCCACCUGUCAGGAAACAACAAGUUCACGAGCAGGUAUCUGUGGAGGGGGAUGAAGAACAGGACCGUCAAUGAGGACUUCCUGAGGAUGGGAGGGACGGAGAUGGCAUGCAUGUCGACAUCAGAGGAACUGUCAGUGGUCGCAGAUCUGCCUGACUCUGUUGUGUCAAAGGUUGACAGUCCAAUGGAGCUCGGAGCAAACAUUCAGUGGCUCUCAACUUUCCCGGAUGAGCAGGAAGUGCUUUACCCUCCCCUCACCUUCCUCAAGCCCAUGUACUCGCAGACCAUCAAGGAUCAAGAGGGCGGGAUGGUGAUCACGUUGAAACCAAGCUUUCCCAGCUAG